CUUGACAAAAUAUAAAUUAGGUUUUUUGCUAACAACAUUCAUGUCUCUGCUUCUCAAUCAGCCUUCGAAGCUACCUGUGGUGGUUAGAUCCUCUCCUCUUGGCUCCAAUGGCUUCUCGUCUUCCUUGCUGCAAACCCCUCCUUGUAGCAUCCUCGGCGUUGUUCCUUGCCAUUGGGAUUUCGGUCAACUCGUGAUUUGGAAUGCUAAUGAUCGUUGCUUGACUUAUACGAAGAAGAAGGUGUCUCUGGAGUUGACGGAUCAAAAAAAGACGGUUUUGAUUGGGUCAUCUCAUGGCUGGGUAGCAACUUUGAAGGAUGACGGAAGAGUGCGUCUCCAAGACGAUCUAAACCCGGUUGCAUCGGAUACAAAUCCGAAACACAUUUUGCUGCCUCCUCUUGUAACUCUGCCUCAUUGCCAAACCCAAAUUGUCACCAACGUGGCAAUGUCCUCAUCUUCUCCAGAGGACGAGGACUGUGUUGUAGCUGUCAAGUUCAUGGGACCUCAGCUUAGCUUUUGCAGACCCGCUCAAAGGAACUCCGAGUGGAUCAACAUCAGAAUCGAAAACCCCUGCUUCUUCUCCUCCCGAGUCAUGUUUUCCAAGAAAGAUAACAUGUUUCGCAUACCCGGAUCUGGAGGCCACCUCAUAGCAUCAUGGGAUCUCAGUUGUUCACACAAGCAGCACAAUAUUAAUCCCAAGUUCCACAAGUUGCGAUUUGAAAACUUUGCCGAGCUAACGAAGACCAGACGCGAGCGUAUGCAUUCGUGUUUCACCACCGAACACUUGGUGGAGUCACGAACAACCGGUGAAAUGUUUGUGGUUAAGUUGUACAGGAAGACCGUUGACAUCAUCCACCCUGUUCUUCCCCGAUUGAAUACACAAGGUUUGAAAACACUAGGUUUAAUGGUUUUCAGGCUAGACGAACAAGGAAACGCUGUUUACACUCAAGACAUUGGAGAUCUCUGCAUUUUCAUCUCAAGGUCUGAACCUUUCUGUGUACCUGCUAGCUCCUUUCCCGGCAUGUGCCCUAACCGCGUCAAAGUCUAUGAUUUCCACGAAAGCGGAACUAUGGAUCUGGCUAAUUGGUCCAUGGGUAGUAGGAAUGCUACAUUAUUCAAGGCCCCUUACUAUAUUCCACCUCAAAAUAUUAGUUCGGAAUUCUGAGUCUUGUCUUUUCUCUUGAACCUAUGAAUGGAGAUCUCUGAUGUGUAAAUUCCUUUGAGGUUUUUCUUUUGUUGAGUUGACUACUAUAUUCUCUUGGGAUCUUUUUGUUGCUUUUCAAUAUGAACAAGUUACAACU